UCCUGUCCCUGCGAUCAAAUCUAGUCGAACGGUUCCACCGAUCGGUGGUGGCACGAUUCGUUACGCGCUGAGGAAAUAGUGAGCUUUAGAAGGUGUUUUUGUGAAGGCGUUGACUUCUGAUUGCAAAGCAAGUGAGCAAGUGUACUUGGCAUUCCUUAGCAGCUGGUUCGCAAGCAUGAUCAUGACUCGUGCGGUGGAGGUGUUGUUUUUGGUGUUGUGCUGUGCUCUCGUGCCAAGAAUUCAAUCCGCUCCGCAGCGAAGCAUUGACUUUCUGCUGGGUGAUGAAGAACUGCAAGCGGUAGUGAAACCGAUCGCACGAGAUUCACCUUCUACGGCAUCUGCACAGGAGCAAACGGAAGCAUAUGAAGAUGAUCAACAGGCCGAGGUGCAGGCAACGGUGGAUCCGGUAGAGAAUGAGCAGCAAACAGAAGAACCACAACCGACCCAAUCUGAUGCGGAAGAUUAUACCGAUGAGGAACAAUUUACAGAAGAUCCACAGGAUGAGCUGCUUGAUCCGAUCACAGAAAGCCCUCACGAAGAUGAACAAAACACCACAAGUGCUAAAGAUUCCCCGUCAACAACACCGAUCACUACCACGUCCACCACAACGAAAGAUACAACAACUCCGGUAACUACGGUAGCCCCUACAUCCUCAACAACUUUAGAUUCUGUGGAAAAUAAUUCGUCGGAGGAACAGUUGACGACCAAUCCCAUCGUUGUGCCUGAAAGUGAAGAACAAACCACAACCGAAUCGAACGAGGACUCGAAUCAGCUUGCUCAGGAUGUGAACGACUUUAUUCAUGAUCUGGCAAAUGAAGUGCGAUCGAGUGCAAGAGACAAGCAGCAGCGCCCACAGCAACCGAAACCUAGCCCACCUAAGUACUCUACGGUACUGCCCACUACGCUACCGGAACGAUACGACUCGAAAUCGGUCGAAAGCAAUGAAGAUGAUGAUCAGGUGCAGCUGAAAGUGAAUCCCAACGACGAGCAGACGACCAACGGCCCUUCACUUACAGAGGAUCAGUUCCGUACGCUGUUCGAAAAGUUGCCUUGGAUUGGUCAGCAGCGAUUCCCAGGCUACGAUCAAUGGCAACAUCAGGGUUUUCCGCAACGCUCCAGCUGGCAGCAUCGUGACGAUCGUCAACGACACUAUCAAAGCCACGGUUCCGACAGCUUCCAAGGUCACGGAUUUCACCGCAGCUCUUGGCAUUGAAACGUGCGCUCCGCGGCUUUCUAUGCUGACCUUACAGAGCACGCGUCGUAUCAGUCACCGACAGGGAAAUACCCGAAAUUUAGCCAAAUAGUAUGUAACGAUAAGAAGAGCGAAUGAAUUGUUUAGGAUGCGACAUUCAUGUUCAACUGUGAUUAAGCGCCAUCGAUGAGAAUAAACUACACAACUAUCGAUCAAGCGUUAGCUAUGGUGAAUAUCUUGAGAAUAAAUAAAAAAAACUAGUGCACAAUACA